AUGGACCUCCGGCAAGCAUGUGAUCGAUGCCAUGACAAGAAGCUCCGGUGUCCCAGAUCGCCGGGCUCGCCCUGCUGCAGCCGCUGCGCAAAGGCCAACGUCGCCUGUGUCUUUAGUCCGCCAACGAGGCCAUUCCGCCAUUACGAGCCCUUGAACCACAGUCAUGACCGCAGUCACAGCCACAAUCACAAUCACAAUAGCCAAGGCAUCAGCUUUGACUGGCUCGAUCUCAUGAGCUUGGAGCAGCCGCAGGGGCAGCAGCAGCAGCAGCAGGAGCAAGGCCGGCAUCGGCAGGCUCAACCACCGGCCCAAACCCUCUCCGAACGGCUCGCAAGCCUCCUGUCUGCCCUUGAUCGCAUGCUCCAAGCCGUCCCCUCAUCUCUCGACAUGCACCACGUCCCAAGGCAGCAUCUGAGAGAAUACGCCGACACCGUGGGGACCAAUUUCGACCUGCAGUCCACCCUCGACAGCCUCCUCCACCACGCCCAGGACCUCGCCUCUCUCUAUCCCGAGGCCGCAUCCGCCUCGUUCAACAAGCGCACAACUGCCGCCGAGUGCGACGCCCUCUGCACCGUUCCGGACUGUAUACACCAGGAUCGCACUUCCUUGCACACGACGCCGCUACCCAAGCUGGACCACGCGCUGCUGAACCUCGUCGUGGCGUGCCAUCUCCGUCUGCUCGACGUCAUGGACACUCUUGCAGAGCAUGGCCGGAUGUGUGCCUUUAUGGUGGCAACUCUGCCGCCAGACUACGACCCCAAGUUUGAGGUUCCCGAAAUACGCGUUGGCUCUUUCGUCGCACCUACAAAUACGGCUGCCUCAAUGUUGCUUUCUGUUCUCGUGGAGCUUCAAACGGUGCUAGUGACGAGAGUCAAGGACGUGGUGGCCAUGGUUGACCAGCUGAGGGAGGACCCGAGAGCAGCGAGAGAGGCAAAGGUGGUUCAUUUGCAAUGCGAGAUUCUUCAGGAACGAGCUGAGUCUACGCUCGGGGAGUUGUCCAGAUUCAGGGACGGGCUGGUAAGUGCCAGACUGCUGAGAUGA